GCAUAGAGGAAAGAUUAUUGAUUUCAGCGAUGUGAUGUGCGAACGUACGUAUUUUGAGCAAACAAAUAGAUGCGGGCCAGUGGAUUCGAUCUCCAGGCGAAUCCUUUGCGGAUAAGAGCUUACAUUUUUCCUAUGCUAAACCAGCUACGUGAAUUUUAACACUUCGUGAUCAGACGUGGUUCAUUUGUGCAUCUGCAGCAAAUUUUUGCAGUCUAUUAAAAGGAUAUCCUUCCCAGAAAAGAUAGUUCUGAAUAGCGGUGGGCGUGCGUGUGUGACGGAAUUUGUGAAGCACCGCAAGAAAAAAUAAGAAAAAUAUGUUGAAGCAGGAAAAUCUCGCUGCUAAUUUCUGUGGCCUGUUGGCUCUCAGUGGAAACAAGGAUGUUGCUAUUGAGUGGCGUAUCCUGGGAAAGGAGCAGGAUAGCUCCCUGCUCGCUAGCUGGGUGUCAUUCGAUCCGAAAAGAGGACGCGAGGAACAACGAACCAACGUAGGCAUCUACAUGCCGAAGAGCAAAACCUUUGACGUGCUGUACUCUUUCCCGGGGAAAGAAAACGUUAUUCAAGCCUCAGUCAACUUAACUCAUACUCUACUGCUUUACGUUUCAAAAGCGGUGAAGCAAGACGAAUCUGGACGAAACUGUGACGUCUAUCGUGCAUAUCUCGUGGAACUUCGAUCUCAAGAACCACCGGUACAACCCCAUAUGCUACUCGAAGUAGAACGCAACCGGCAGGUUAUGGCCACGUUCCUGUGGCGCAAACUAUCCACGUUUAAGAAGAACUAUCAGGACAAAUUCUUACUGCUGGUACACCACGAGCACGUGCUGCUGUACACGGUUUCAUUGAAAAAGAUUGAUCCGCUGUCUAAAGACGGGGCUGUUGACGAUAACAUGCCGUUAGAUGAAAACACCAGAAUCGAUUAUACAAACCCCGAGUCCUGGGAACUGGAUCGAAAUACGCUGAAAAAUGAAACAUUGACUAAGGCAUUCAUUUGGGCUCAAUGGGACCCGGUGGUGCAGGCAUUAUACUAUAUUCACUUAAAACCGAGCACACGCACCAUCUUCGAGAAGGAAGACGACGCAACCGGCGAUCCGGCUGAAGCUAAGAAACGCGUGCAGCCAACCCUUUCCGCGUUUCAGUUCCAUGACGAUCUACCAACCGAAACGGUGCUCAACAUUCCUCUGAAUCUUCCAAAAAUCCCCUCCUCGAACAGCGAAGACAUUUACGAGGAUGAUACCGUGCCCUUGCGCAUCCAUGAUUCGUCCCUCAACCUAGUGAUAGUCAGUGACGAAUCGGGGAUGCUCUUCGUCUGCCACUACUAUCUUUACCAACCGAUCAAACAGCAGGAGGAAGAAUCACAGACGACUGGCUCGUCGCAGAACAUAUUCGACGUACACUUUGCCUACUCGGUAACAAUUCUGCACCAUGGGUGUGUGAUACACUGCGUCAUACCUGGUAUUCCCUGGGAGAAGGCGAAAUUGAUGAAACCAACCUUCACGCUACAUGGCGACCACCACGUGCUAGUGUUCCAGGCAGAUUUGUUCAUGCAUCUGCUCGACGUUGGACUCUCCCAUGAACCUUCGUGCCAUAUCGUUUGCGCGCCAUUCACGCGUGCUCCAAUCACGCAGCUAGUGCCGUGUUUCGCGACAAACAAUAUUUGCUACGAUUCGGCCACCCUCGAUCUCAUAUCGAUCACGAUCCCAAAGUCUCACCUGAUCGAUGCCUUUCGAAACGACACAUCCAUCGACAAUCGGCUCGCGAUCGUGCACUACUUCCUGGCCCAUUCGAAUGGUGACAUUAUUGAAAUAUUUUCCGAGAUAUUAAGCAUUAUCAUGGAACGGCCCCUUCACCUUGACACGGUGCCACUACUCAAGGAGGCUCUCGUAGCCGGAACGUACGCUUCGGCGAAGAAAGGACUAACCCAAGACCAACUGGCACUUUUUCGGCUGCUUCCCCUCACCACCUGUAGCACUGCCAAACCUAUCGAAGCGAAAGUAGGCAAACUAAACGUGGGUCUCUCGCACGAAACCCUGUAUAACACGUCCAUGAUGCUACUGUCCCCGCAACAACGAUUGUCGCCAUUCCGCAAGGACAUCUGGACACUGCUUUGGGACCGUCUCAGCGAUAACGGUGGUAGCAGUAAGGAACGACCACGCUUCCACCAAGAUCAGGUGCGAGAAAAGUUAAUGUACUCGCUGGCGUGCUACCAACCGGAGGCCCUGUCCCGUUGCACGACACCAAUGUCUCCCGCGAACCCAAUCGGUGGUACAUUUGGCAUGGAAUUUAUUGCCACUGGUGGUGCCACGGGAGCACGUGGCCGACUGCAGAACGAUCUACCGUUCACCGAAACAGAAGCCUGUACUGCGAAUAAGCAGGAACUGGUGCUGAACGUGAACCUGCGUGAGCUCAGCAUGCAUCUGGUGAAGCACAGCGUUAAGGAAGUGACGGGUUUCCGGUGGCUGAAGAAUGCCUUCUACGACACUAACCCGGCCACCUCGCACGUGCACGCCGUGGCGACGCGAUACGUUGCAGCACAGCUCGAACAAUCGCGAGCCCUUUGCGUGCUGGUUUGCCGUACGGCCGGUUUGGACCACGCGCUCGCGGUUGAGGCAAACGAAAGCCGUGGGUUCGCGUUGAUCGAUCAGCUCGAGCGAGCCCUACAGGUGCGGCUGUUUGCCAUGCUCGAACGGUACUGCCUAGCAGUGGAAACGUUAGCUUUUCCGUUGCCACUAGGGUUUUGCUCGUUCUUUUGCUAUCUUGGCUACCGAGCUCUGGCAUUCGAAAGCUUCAUGCAGUACGUCGAGCAUCACGUGUUCGAGCUGCAGAUCGAUGUGGUGAAGGUCAUUUUUGCCGACAUGGAAGACACACCGGAUGGUAUUCGUAGGAAGCUGAAGCUGCUAAUGGUCUUGCCACGCUCCAGAGCCCGCCGGUUGCUUAACAAUUGGAACCACCCGGUAAGCGCAAUGUUGCGAGGGCGCGAACACGCCAUGAACAUCCUUUCGGGGAACUCAGUGCAUCCGCGGGGCUCGACGCAUCUGAAGAAACGAGAUUAUCAACCGAAAGUUUCCAAUAGUUUUAGUGCUUGUUGUUAUCGGCUAUUUAUUUCGUUUGGUUGCACUCAAUACGAAGAACGCGCAAGUGGCCUUACAAAUGCUUCAUCUUUGCCAUCAUCACCAUGUCAUAUUAGUGAAUCGCUGCGUGCAUCAUCCUCAUUAUCCCUGGGAGGAUCUUCACCUUCAUCAUCACCCGAAUGUGGCCGUUGGGAAAAUUCAUCGCGUUCGCGUAACCUUCGGACAUACGCUAGCCUUAACGCACUUCGACUAGCGACCGGCCCUUCGUCGCUGGUCGAUCUAGAGGCUGGAAUAACUGGAGGUGACCCUGCUACAGAUGACACAAAAGAGCGCUUCGAUGUUACAGCUAUUGCUUUUGGUAGCUCAGCUGUGCAUUCCUCGCCUAUGAUGGCAACGAAAAAUGCAUCCCAGCGACAUCGUUGUACCUCGUCUACGUCUUCCUUUUUAAUGCAGCUUUGUCGGAAUUCUCCGGAUAAGAUUUUUCGGGUGGCAAGGCGUAAUGCACCAGCUCGGUACCAUCCACAAAGCACCCAACGCGCUGGAUUAUCGUCGACCCGAUCCAUUAUAUUCCUUUGUUUUGGCUUUAUCAUUUUAGCUACAAUUGUUAUCUGCUUGGUAGUACACUUAACGUUAAAGAUUCGUAUUGCACCCACUUUGGCCUGGUAUAUGCAACUAUUUCGAAUGUUAUUUUAAUUUAUCAUCGCUGUUUGGAUGAAAUAAUCCAACGCUAGUUAUUCAAAAAACUACCUCACAAUCAUGCAUGCAUUACGUUUUGUUAUUUGUU